AUGUCCUCCCCCCUCAUGCAGCCUCUGUCCCGGUCGCUCCGGCGCUGGAUGUCGGUGAAGUCAUGCUCGCGACAAACGCCGCGUCGGGCGGAUGACCUCUUCCGCAUCGCCGUUAUCGGCUCUGGUCCCGCGGGAUUUUACGCCGCUUCUCGGGUCAUGUCCAAGCUUCCGAGCUCGCAGGUGGAUAUGUAUGAAGACUUGCCGGUGCCCUUUGGUCUGAUCCGUCACGGUGUCGCCCCGGACCAUCCCGAGGUCAAGAACUGCCAAGAGAGGUUUGAAGAGAUUGCCUCGUCUCCGAACUUCCGCUUCAUCGGCAACACGUCCGUCGGCCGUCCUUCACUGGCAGCUGACCACUGCACGGUGCCGCUGCAAUCGCUCAUGCGCCACUACGACUCCGUCCUUCUGGCGUAUGGCGCUUCCGAGGACAAGAAGCUGGGCAUCCCGGGUGAGGCAACGCUGCGCGGCGUGUACUCGGCUCGCCAGUUCGUCGGCUGGUACAACGGCCUUCCGGGCAGCGCAUCCCUGGAGCCCGACUUGGCCAGCGCCGAAGACGUCAUCAUCGUCGGCCAGGGCAACGUUGCCUUGGAUGUGGCCAGGAUUCUGCUGGAGCGCGUCGACGUGCUGCGAAAGACGGACAUUUCCGAGCAUGCCCUGGCCGAGCUGGCCAGGAGCCGGGUCAAGAGAGUUCGUAUCGUAGGGAGAAGGGGACCGAUGCAGGCUGCCUUCACGAUCAAAGAAACGCGCGAACUCAUGAAGCUUUACGACGUUGCCUUCCAUCCCAUAGACCGAUCCCUCAUUCCGGGAGACGUAAAAGGCCUCCCUCGAGCCUCGCGCCGACUGGCAGAGCUUCUUCUCAAAGGCAGCUCCGCAUCGGUUGAAGACGCGGCCAAAACGUGGUCUCUCGAUAGCUGCCUUGCUCCCAAGUGCUUCCUUGGCCGCCGGGACAACCCUGCUGUUGUUGCGAGCACCGAGUUCCGUACCACAAGGCUAAAAAUGCCCUUUGACCCGCAAUCAUCAGUAGCGGCUACCGACGAGACCCUCGUACUGCCGUCAGAUCUUGUCUUCCGUUCAGUUGGCUACAAGUCGGUUGCCCUUGACGGGUUUGCCGAUGCUCGCAUUCCAUUUGACGAGAGACGCGGCGUGGUGAGAAACGACGGGCUCGGCAGGAUCCUGAGUCUCUCGUCCGACGAUGGGAACGUCUCCGGUGCCGCCACAGAGCCCCUUGCUGGCAUGUAUUGCGCCGGCUGGCUCAAGACUGGGCCCACGGGGGUCAUCGCCUCUACGAUGCAAGAUUCGUUUGCCGUGGCGGAUGCCAUAGUGCACGACUGGACCUCGGGUGCUCGCUUUCUACCCGGCCAUCGUGCUUCCGGUUGGGAAGCUGUUGCGCAGGAAGUCGGUCCAGCAUCCGUCGCCUCAGUGUCUUGGGAUCAAUGGCACAGGAUCGACGCCGCCGAGAGACUUCGAGGACGGGAGUUGGGGAAAGAAAGGGACAAGUUCACCCGUAUAGAGGACAUGCUUUCCGUGUUGGGUUGA